GUCAGGCAAGAGCCAUGCAACUAAGUGGGUGAAGUUUAUCCAAGGCCUCACUAUGGCAUAUCUAUUGUUUUUCUUGCUCUUAGCUUUAGCUUCGAAAACUGCAACAACUUCACAUGACCAUGAAGACCUUCCAAAAUGUUCCAUGGAAUGCCCCAUCUCUGGCUCACCAAAAUUAUCCUAUGAGCCAGGAAUGACUUACAGCUAUGCUUACUCAGGCUUGUCAGAGGUCCUCAUGACAAAAGUAGAGCAUGGCGUUUCAGCGGUAGGUUGGCACGCCCAAGUGAAGCUGACGAUUCUAGGCCCAUGUGAUAUUGCUAUAUCUCUUCUGAACCCCGUCUGGGAAGGAACCGUUGUAGAGCCUCACAAGGCCUCAGUCCUGGAGAGACAUCCUCUGAUGGUCGCCGUAUCCGAUGGACGUGUCCAGCAUGUGUGCAGCCACCCCAAUGAUGUCACAUGGUCCAUCAAUUUAAAGAAGGGCAUAGCUUCAGCAUUUCAGAUUUCACUUCCAUCUAACUCUUCCAUAAAUUCAGGUUUUGAAUACAUAGAGACUGAUAUCGUCGGCACUUGUCCCACCAAGUACGAGGUGAAGGAAGAAGGGAAAGAAAAAGUUAUUUUAAAAAAAGAGAAAAACCAUCGUAACUGUGAAGAUAAUUAUCCCACUACAGAUAAACUUGCUGUAACUUGGCUUAAGACUCCUCUGCCAUUAGGUAAAUCAGGUUCCCAUUGCCAGAUGGAUAUUACAAAGGGGAUAGUGACAACUAUAGUGUGCCAUGAUAAAAACGUCAUACGUCCGGCUUAUGGGAUUUACAAAUACAUUGAGACUCAUCAGCAAUCUAAAUUAGAAUUACUACAUAAAUCACCCGAACACCCCAGCUCUAUCUCGAACCUUCGGGGAGAGAGACUGUCGCAAAGGAAUCUCUUAUUUGAUCACAUUGUCGUUGAAAAGGAUCUGUCUUUAGUAGAUCAACUGGAUGGAAUCAUGAAAGCUAUAUGUGAGAAGACAAUGAAUGGCAUUGAAGAAGAUGUGGGAUCCUUGAUGUCCAAAGCACUUCAUUUACUAAGACAUGUUCCUGAUGACGAUAUUGAGCGUACUCUUCAGAAGAUACGUAGUGGACAAUAUUGCUCUCCACACAACAAGCUCGAGUCCCUUUUUCUGGAUGCUGUAGCUUUCAUUCAUGAACCUGGGGCUGUGAAAGUGAUGGUGAAUGAACUGACUAGUGGCAGAGCAACAAGAAUUCGCACUGGGUUGUAUACAGUAGCUUUCUUCCUUACAACUCAGCCUAACAGGCCUUCAGUAGCGUCCCUGCGGCCCUUGUUUGAAAUAUCUAAUCCAAAUCUCUCCUCAGCCGUUCUUGGUGCAGCAGCGAUGGUUGGUGUUUACUGCCAUCACAACCGUCAUUGCUACAGAGACCCAGCUGUACAACAGCUAUCAGAAACCCUCAGCCAGAAAAUUCAAGAGAAAUGUUCUUCUACUGCAGACAAACUUAUCACUGAGGAAGCCAUUGCAUCACUAAAAGCUCUUGGAAAUAUUGGAGUCAUUACCCCUGAGGUUGCAGACACUGUCUUUAAAUGUCUGGAGUCAGAACACGUGAGAAACCAGGUUCGCAUAAAUGCAGCAUAUUCUUUCAGGAAUGUGAAAUGUGAACAUCAGGUCACAAAUCGUCUUAUACACUUGGCCGUUGAUCCUGAAAUGGACACAGAAAUUCGAAUUGCCUCUUAUUUAGUAGCAGUCAGAUGCAUGACAAAGAAAGAUCUUCUGUUUGUCAUUUCCAAGAUCACUCCUGAAAAUAAUGAACAAGUACGAGGAUUCAUCCUGAGUCACCUCAUCAACUUGCAGAAAUCUACUGCUCCUUAUAAAAACAAGCUGCGUUACUACCUUUCAGAUAUAGCAGUUCCAAAUAACUUCACACUAAACAUCAUGAAAUAUUCUCGCAAUAUAGAUUUAUCAUAUUUUGAUGCUCAGUUUAGAGUAGGACUAGGCCUUGAAUCGAAUAUUGUAUAUACUCCUGGGUCAUUUGUCCCCCAAUCCAUAGGACUCAGCCUGACUUCAUCCAUUGGGGGAACUUUUGUUAAUCUGGGAGAAUAUGGCAUCAGGUUUGAAGGAUUAGACUCUGUUCUUAGAAUUCUCUUUGGACCUGGUGGACUCCUUAUGCAUAGGUCCUCCAUACGUGAAUUAAUAAAGAAUGCCAUACCUUACAUUGAGGGACAAGGACUAAGUAUGCUGGAUGAACUGAGAGAAGAAUUCUUGCGAAGAAGGUCCUUUGACCCUUCAAAUAUUCCUGAUUUCCUUAAAAGGAUAUACAAACAUGUUACUCAUAAGCUGCCUAAGAUAGACAUGUAUGCUAGGCUGAAUGAUCAAGAAGCAACAUAUGGAUCUUUUUCAUUUGACCCAAAUAAAAUCAUUGCAGAGAUGAAUGUUCAAAGGUUCUUUUUAUGUCUAAAGGAAGCUCUUCUGAACUUGGCAAAUUUGAAUGUCGACAAUGCACACUUGGGCCAUAUCUUCUUGCAACACCACUUACCAACAAUUCAAGGAAUCCCAUUAAAGCUAAUGCUUGAAGUAACUGGUGCAAUUGGUUUGAAAACAAAAACAAAUCUUGAAAACCUUGUGCGGAUAAAAAGUGGAAAUAUACUACAUAUACAUCCUACAUUCUCUCUGCAAGUGGAUGGAUUUGUUGGUUAUGACGCAUACCUAGCUGAGAAUGGAAUUAAAGCAAAGAAUCUGGCUUCAUCCAAUUCGGGAGUUUCUUUAAGUUUGCAGGAAGAAGGGCCAGCUCAUUUUGAAUUCAAAGUCAGUCUUCCAGAGAAGAUAGAAUUUUUAAACUUUAAGAGUGAAACGUACUUUAUGAAGAGAGUGAAAGGAGUUGAAGUUAGGGUUUUACCCAGAAACAUGAACGAUGUUAGACUAAGAGGGGACUUCUGCCCUAGAAAUGGGUUCUUCUGGGGAAUCAAAAUAUGCAAUGAAUAUGACCUCCCUGACCCAAGUCUUCACAAGGGCAUACCUUUUGGACAACCUGCAACAUUCAAAUCUUACAUCAAAAGAGCAAGUGGACACCAAGCUCUGAGAGGGUAUAUUUUAGAUGUUCACAUUCAGGAAGAUGAAUUUGGUGAAAGGCUAAAUAUGACACUAAAAGAAGAUGGCAGUGGUCUAGAAGGAUACCUGGAGGGUACUACAACCUAUAGAAUAGGCGAUGGAAUCCUAGAUCUCAAUUACUUCUGGAAUUACCCUAGGUUGCGUGAACAUUAUCAUGGCAAGUUUCAGGCUAUUAGCCGAGAGAGAGAAAAAUCCGUGGAAAUAUCUGGGCAUGUGACUGGAAAUGGCAGACACACUGGAAGAGCAUUAAGGUGGGAACUUAUUGACAAGUCAUCAGGAUCAAAAAAAUAUGUAGAACUAAAUUUUUAUCAUAAUCUUUUACAUGAGUUUCCACCAGAGUCAUGUUUCUUGGUUGCAAAGUUGGCGCAAGAAGAUAAACCCGAAGAAGUUCUUGUAAACGUCAGCUUUGCAACUGAAGUAGACUUCUAUGAUUUCUUAGACUUCACUUAUAGAGUUGAGUUUGCCAUGAAGAAGAAUCCAAGGAUGAGCUUUCUUCCCAUAUCCCUCCAUAAGUUUGAGUUCCAGGCAUUCACCCCAAAAUGGAGGAUUUUCUCCUUUGUUCGUCCAGUGAGUGUCUCUGCAAUGGAAUAUGCUUCCUUUCUUGAAGUAUUCUUCAGAGGGAAGAUGAUAUUUGCCAUUGAUGGAAGACAUCUGUUACAAAGAAAUCAUCAUAAUGUCAUUGAUAACCAGAUAAAAGGGAUUUUUAGCAACACUCAUUACACAUUGGUUUGGAGUCUUUAUAAUGGACCAUUAAAAUGGGGUUCUCUACUCAAGAUUUUGGAAACUUAUCCAGAAAGGCUAAUAACUCAUCUUGAAGCAAUGCAUUCCAAAUUAGGAGAAUCAUAUCAUACUCUGCUCCUGAUCAAAAUUCCAAGUUAUAUGAGGCUGAUCCAGUUUGAAAGCGUUGCAGUGGUGCAUGAACCUCAUUCUUACACCAUAGAAACUUCUCUUAAGCUCGGUGACCAACUUACCCUCCAUUGCAGUGGGCCAAUCACUCUCCUCCUAACUUCUAAAGUUUCACAUAUCCAGGCAAAUCUCAGCAUCUCUUCCAUAUUUGGAGGACCAUACAGAGUGGUUACAACAAUCGUAUUUGCUGAAAAGAAACAAGCUCUGGUUCUCAGUCUGAACAGUGAAGCAGGACCUCUCUUUGCCAUUGAAUGGAAAAUAGACGCUGAAACUUUCAUCAACUAUGGCUUCCAUCUACAGCUCUACAAAAUUAUUAAUAAUAAAGUUAAUCUCACCAUUGGUCAUCACUUUGUUCAUCUUGGUUUUGAUAACAUUCUGAGGCCAGAUACCCACGAAGCUGUGAGGUCGAAAGGAUUUACUGACAUUGAUUUUUCCCGGAAGAAGGCCAUGGGUGAACUUUCCUGGGAUGCUGACAAAGACCCAUCACGGAAAAUUGAAGCUGAGAUAACUGUCGUUAAAAUAAACUCGAGUUCGGAAUGCUAUAGAAUAUUCGGAGGAUGGACUUUGAUCAGAAGCCAUUACCUAUUCAAAGCUGGAAUAGAUUUGGAACCUCCCUCUGCCGGACAAUCUGAGAAAACUACAGUACAAUUUAGCUUAACAACACCUCAAAAGAGCUUUGACUUCAACACGGACUUUGCUGUCCAACAGGAAAGGAAUACUAUCAGGCUGACAACGGACACUAUUUUUAACUCUCUGGAGACCAAAGAAUAUAGAUUGUCUACUGAAACAGCGCUGACUGAUCUAGCUGGCCGAUUCAAUUAUUUGCUGAGCUCUCAACUGGAAAUAAAGUUACCUGAUAGAGAUAAAACAUCUGCUGAGCUGGAGGUAAAACGCCAAACAGUUGCCGGUCUGGGAGAAGUUUUUGUAAAGAUGAGGAUGAAAUCCCCUUCACUGAAAAAGCCUAUUGAAGUUACAGUCGCACUGAACAAGAAACAAUAUUCUUUCAAUGCUUUAUGGACCAUUGAAAUUGACACACCCAUUAAGAGUGCUUACGUUGAAGUAUUUGUAACUCCUGAGAAGGUACUAAGGACUUUUGACUUCAGCUUGGACUUGACAUCCAUCAGAGAUCUACUAAAGACUUUAGAAAAUGUUCUCAAUGUUCACAUUCUUCCUGAGAGAGUUCAUGUGACCAGUAGCUCCAAGAGAUGGUUGUACCACAUCCGUUAUGACCGAAAUCAUCAAACAGGGUCGCAUCUUAAAUUCCAGUUGCCAUCAAGAACUUUGGAUGCUAAUAUAACUACUUUACCUGCAGGAUUCAUAGUGAGGAUCAUUCCAGACGGAAGUAGUUCACUGGCAGAGUAUGAAUUUCGUGUUCAGACUCCAAACACAUGGUCAUUUGUGGAUGAAGAGUUAGAGAUCAUAAGCCAAUUCAAACAUCCGAAUAUGAAAAGGGAGAUGUCUGUUGAUGUUCAGUAUAAAAAAAGAGGGGCCAGGAUGGAAGGGAAAAUUAUUGUUGAUAUACUACCUGACUCUAAGGAUAAGAUCACUGGUACCAUAACUUCCAUGCAAUUAUUGGAUAACAGCAUAAAUAUUGAGAUCAUUGCUAGUGGGCGAAUCUUGAAGACAACUCCAAAAAUCACACUAACUAUUGCACGGUCACCUUAUGCAUUUAGCUUCGACUUUUUCCUACAUACAGCCAUAACCAAGCAUCCUGUGAUCUUUUUAUCAGGAAAACUAGACCAAAUCAGCAACAGUAACAUGGCUGGGACCUUCUCUUUGGCUUCUAGUGGCCAGAAAGAGCUAGAAAUAUCAGGUACCAUAGCCACAGAGGACCGCUCUACCUGCGGUGGGGUGAAGAUGAUAGUCGCAUCACAUUCAAGGAUCACUGGAAACCACAACAUACAUGCCCAGCUAUGCUUGCCCGGUGUCCUUAAGGUUUGGCUGAAGAACAGAGACAGUGGCAAGACUCAUGAGAUGACAAUAGGUUUACCUGAUCUGAAGACAGCCGAGGUGCGCCUUCAGACUGGAGGCCCAAGAAAGAGAGAGAGCAAGCCUGCUCUCCUCAUGCAAGCAAUGGUGACCCCAAGUCAGAUAAUAGUUCUUGAUCUACGGCAUGAUAGCAAGGAAAUUAGUGCUAUUGAGAAAACUUGGACAGCACAACUUUCCCUGGCUUCACAAGCCAUGAGGUCCUGGCUGUCCGCCAUGCACAAGGAAGUGAUUUCUCCUGAUUCUGAAACCUCUGAAGCCUUGGCAGAAGCAUCCAGACUGUGGCACGAAGUCUUUCACGAAGCAUCAGUAAUAUAUAAUGAGCUGGACGACCACGUUAUCCUCAUUAUAGAAGGCGUGAGAUACCUGGUCUUUGGAAACCGACUCACCUACGAGCUGGCAGUCAAGUACAACGCUUUCUGGAAUCACUUGAUCAGUGUGGUGCAUCACGGGACGGCUACUGUGUCUAAAAUGGUUUCUGUUUUUUUCAACGAGUUUGGUGAUUUGGAAAAAUUCUUCAUUGAUGCUAUACGAAGAUACAUCCAUUUCUAUGAAACGGGGCAAGUACCAGAAGACUUCUGGCACUUGGUAGGCAGAAUCCAGCAAUCUCCUUUCUUCAGGAUUCUGAAGGAAGGACUCGAGGGUAUGGUAAGUUUUCGACCUGAGGAUUUAGCAGCAUGCAAGCAGGUUAUAUCGGACGGGCUCCUAACAUUAGGAAAGGAUUUCCAGAACCUCAGGGCAUAUCUCAGCCAACUUCCGGAGGUACAAGACGCCACCAAGUGGAUCCUUCGGCAGCUGGAUUUUCGGCGCCAGAUUGUCCAGGCUUUUGAGACUAUAGUAUACAGAUCAGUGCAAAGGUCAAUGAUAGUUGCCCUGGAACUAGAGGACGGCAACAUACAGAUACUGCUCCCUCUGCGCAAACCUGCAACCUCGUUAAUUCAAGCGGUGUCAAGUAUUUCAUAUAACCCUCUUCCCAUACUUGAUAGUGCACCUUGGUCGUACGUAGGGUACGCAGACACUCGAGCCUUAUGGACUUAUAUAUAUUACUGGCCAAGUAGAGUAGUUCAUGGUUUCCCGCCAUACAACCGCACUGCUAUGCUUGUAGGAGACCAUGAAAUCCUCACCUUUGAUGGCACAGUUUUGCGGGCUCCAAAUUCCCACUGCAAAGUUCUGCUUUUGGCCUACGGGUCAACUCAUCUUACAGCAGAGCAUCCUCAUGGUUUAACUCACGCUAAAAUCGCCCUGGUAGCAUCUGGUAUCAAUGUUGUCGUUAAUCCAGAUUACACGGUCAUUAUCAAUGGCAGGAGCAUGGGAUUGGGCUAUGAAGAGAAAGGGGAUAUCAAGGUAUGGAAGAAGCCCUUGGAAGUUGAGGUACAGACACCAAUGGUUCAGCUACAAAUUAGGCGGGAAGUCGGUUACAUUUCAGUUGAACUGAAUGGAUGGACUUUUGGACACGUAGGGGGAUUACUAGGAACAUACGACGGUGAAGCUGGAAAUGACUGGCUGAUGCCCAACGGAAGGAGAGCGACCACCUAUCAGCAACUCGUGACGUCAUGGCAGGAGAACCAGCACUGCAGAAGCUCUGCCAUCAGUCCGGCUCAUCCUUUUGACUUCUCGCCCAAGCACUUUGUAAUGUGCCAAGUGAUGUUAGAUCUUUCCACGCACUGCAGGGGAGUGAUUGAUCCCGACCCCUUCGUCCAGAUGUGCUACGGCACCGCAGACCCUUGCGACGCGAUGAGGGCUUACCGCGAGGUGUGUCUGCGUAGAGGCCUUCAGGUUCCUUCCGUCGCCUAUGCUUGUUAGAGAGAGCAAUUGCCUAAAGUCAGCCUGCUGUAGUAGCUGUAGACGUGUUUGUGUCACUUCAUUGUUAGAGAUGUGAAAGUCGCCAUAUUUGGUUUCUUCCUGCCCGUUUUAGUGGCAAUGAAGAGCAAAUUGUUUCCGCAAUUACGAUUGCAGGUUACUGUAAAAAUGAAAUAAAUCCUAGAUUUUAA